GCAUGCGCAUUGGGAAGCUAAGGUGAUGCUCUGUGGCAAGCGUCCGUGUUCCAGCUGGGGAAACGCUGACUGGAUUCGCGGGAGAUGGUCAUAAUGCAACGUCAGUGGGAUUUGUUAUGUCUGAGUCUCUUACUAUUAAGUUCAGUAAGUGCAGAAGCUGAAGAUCCAGAAGUUGAAGUAGAAAAUUUUGACCAAAAUUCAGAAGACACUAACACUGAGACAGGCAGAUCUUCCAUAGAGGUAGUAUACAAAACACCAGAGCCUAGAGGAGAAGUGUACUUUACUGAAACCUUUGAUGAUGCAAUGUUGUCAGGGUGGGUUUUAUCUCAAACCAAAAAGGAGGAUACAGAUGAAAAUAUUGCAAAGUAUGAUGGAAGAUGGGAAAUAGAACCAUUAAAAGAAAAUAUGGUACCUGGUGAUAGAGGAUUGGUACUAAAAUCAGUAGCAAAACAUCAUGCAAUAUCGACUAAGUUAACAAAGCCAUUUCUUUUUGAUAAUACACCACUAAUUGUUCAAUAUGAAGUGAACUUUCAGGAUGGCAUUGAUUGUGGUGGUGCAUAUGUUAAACUUCUAUCCAAAAGUGACGAUUUGGAUCUGGAAUAUUUCUAUGAUAAAACAUCAUACACAAUUAUGUUUGGGCCAGAUAAAUGUGGAGAAGACUAUAAACUACAUUUUAUCUUCAGACAUAAACAUCCUAAGACUGGGGAUUAUGAGGAAAAGCAUGCCAAGCGACCUGAUGUAGAUCUGAAAAAAAUUUAUACUGACAGGAAGACCCAUCUAUAUACCCUUGUGCUGAAACCUGAUAACACUUUUGAAGUAUUAAUUGACCAAGCAGUUGUCAGCAAGGGAAAUCUCCUAGAAGAUGUGAUUCCACCUGUAAAUCCACCAAAAGAGAUAGAAGAUCCUAAUGAUAAGAAACCUGAAGACUGGGAUGAGCGAGCUAAGAUACCUGAUCCUGAUGCUGUAAAGCCAGAUGACUGGAAUGAAGACGAGUCUCCAAAAAUAGAAGAUUCCGAUGCUGUUAAACCCGAAGGAUGGCUUGAUAAUGAACCUGAAUACAUUCCAGAUCCAAAUGCAGAAAAACCAGAAGAUUGGGAUGAAGAAAUGGAUGGGGUGUGGGAAGCUCCACAAAUUCCUAAUCCAAAAUGUGAAGCUGCACCUGGUUGUGGGGUAUGGGUACGCCCCAUGAUGAACAAUCCAAACUAUAAAGGAAAAUGGAAGCCGCCAAUGAUAGAAAAUCCUAACUAUCAGGGUAUAUGGAGUCCUCAGAAAAUCCCUAAUCCUGAUUAUUUUGAAGAUGCUCAUCCUUUUCAGAUGACUACUGUUGAUGCUAUGGGUUUAGAACUCUGGUCUAUGACAUCAAAUAUUUACUUUGAUAACUUCAUAAUCUGUUCAGACAAAGAAGUUGCUGAUCGAUGGGCAGCAGAUGGCUGGGGCUUUAAAAAAUUGAUUGCAAGUGCCAAUGAACCUGGUAUGUUUAGCCAGUUGGUGACUGCUGCAGAAGAACGCCCAUGGCUUUGGAUUAUUUAUAUCUUAACACUGGCACUACCAAUAGGAAUGGGCAUAUUGUUCUGCUGGCCAUCCAAGAAAAUGGAUGACGAUAUAGACUACAAAAAAACUGAUUUAGCUAAGCCAAUUACAAAAGGAGAAUUGGAACAAGAGAUAUCAGAAAAGGAUGAAAUUAAAAAAACAAAUGAAAAUAUUGAUGAAGGAGGUGGUGAAGAUGAUGAUUAUGAAGAAGAAAAUGACAUCGCUGAAAGAAGUCAAGAGGAGGAUGAUAAUAAAUCUCAUUCAGAAGAGGAUGAGAUGAGAGAAGCAGAUGAAAGUACUGGGUCUGUUGAUGGACCUGCAAAAUCAGUACGUAAACGAAGAGUUCGAAAAGACUAACACACUUCCAUCUGGUAUUAUUUGUUUCUAGUUACAGUCAUACUGUUUUAACACUGGCAUAGGCAGUGGAGAUUAUUAACUCUUAAACAAAGACUGAGCUCAGUUUUGAUUUUAAGUCCUAUUUUCCAGACCUUCUUCAUCUUGUCAGGUUUUUCAUUUUCUUUUUGAAGAAACAUUCCUAAUUGUUAUCUGGUUCUUUACUUCAUAGAAUAUUUUUUUUAAUGGUAAUAGGCUUGAUUUAUUAUAAAUAUUCUUUGAAGUUUGGCUUCAAAUUAUUCUUUAAACACUUAAUGUUUUUCCCCCUAGCUCUAGAGAGGAUAUAUUAUUUUUAAGCUUUAGAGUUAAAAUUUUGAAAGAUGAUAAAAUUACUUUGAUAUUUUGAGCUGAAUGCAAUAACUGUGUUUGGCUGUUGAUUACAUUUUUGAAAACUAAUAUUUACUUACAUUUUGUUGUAAUGUGUGUUUAAUGUUUGUUAUAGUUGCUGCUUUUUGUUUUACAAAGUACUUCAUUGUUAUUAAUUUUAAAUAAAACAUGAUUUACAUUUAAAUAGAAAAACAUUAACCGUGUUUACGUAACUGGUGUACAUGAAAAUUUUCAUGCUUUUAUAGUUUUAUGUUUCAAGCCAGAUUGGCAUAAUCCAUGUACAAUUUACUUCCUAAAUUAUAUUGAUUCCUAAAUAAAAAUCUUUAAUAUAACCUAUUAUUUAACUUGAAGCUAUUUAUGUGUGUAUUAUUGGAAUCACAUUUAAAAAAAUAAACUAUUUCUAAUAAUAUUAACAUUUAAUUUUCUGCUAUAUAUUCAUAAUUGUCAACAUUCAGCAUGUAUUGUAUUGCA